AUGGCGAACGAGAAGGAAGACGUGCCCAUCGAAAAGGCCGCCGCCGCCCACAUCGAAGGCAGUAGUGACACGAAAGAGGCCAAGAUCGCAAACCAAGCCGAGCACGAGACGACGCUAUGGCAAGCACUGAAGGAGAACAAGAAGGCGGCGUUGUGGUCUGCGAUCAUCUCGUUGACCAUCAUCAUGGAAGGUUAUGAUGUUGGUCUGAUCUACCAAUUCUUCGCCUACCCGUCUUUUGCGGAGACCUUCGGCCAAUAUGAUGCUUCUACGGACUCCUACCAGGUUUCUGGGCCAUGGCAAGCUGGGCUGGCCAACGGCGCGAACUGCGGUAUCAUCAUCGGCGGCUUCCUCAACGGCUUCCUCUCCGCCCGCUACGGCUACAAGAAAGUCAUCCUCUGGUCCCUCUUCUUUAUGAACUGGUUCAUCUUCCUCCCGUUCUUCUCUCAAACUCCCCAAGUCCUCCUCGUCGGACAGAUCCUCUGCGGUCUCACCUGGGGUGUUUUCGCUACUACCGGCCCUGCCUACGCCUCUGAGGUCUGCCCUCUCGCGCUCCGAGGCUACCUGACCUGCUACGUCAACCUCUGCUGGGCGAUCGGCCAGCUCAUCGCCGCGGGCGUACUGUACGGGUUGUUGGAUUUGAGAGGGCAGUGGAGCUACCGCGUCUGCUAUGCGCUGCAGUGGGUUUGGCCUAUCCCGCUUUUCAUCAUCAUCCUCUUCGGCCCGGAAAGUCCUUGGUAUCUCAUCCGCAACGACCGUGUUGAAGAUGCGUACAAAGCGCUGAAGAAAUUGGAUAAUAAGGGCGAGGACUCGCAUCGCCGCACCAUUGCGCAGAUCAUGCAUACGCUCAAGAUUGAGGAGUCGAUGGAGUCAGGGUCGAGCUACUUCGAUUGCUUCCGCGGGACCGAUCGGAGGAGGACUGAAGUCGUGUGUAUGACCUUCGCUGGACAGGUGCUUUCGGGCUCGACCUUUGCCUACGGCCCAACGUACUUCUUUCAGCAAGCCGGCAUCUCCACAGACAAGUCUUACCAAAUCGCUGUUGGCGGCACUGGCGUGGCAUUCGUCGGGACAGUAAUCUCCUGGUUCCUGCUCAGCAAGUUUGGGCGACGAACGCUGUACGUCGGCGGCCUGGCAAUCGACUGCCUCAUUCUCCUCAUCGUUGGCAUACUCGCCUCUGCUUCGGAGUCAUCGGGAGCAAAAUGGGGACAAGCGGCGCUCUGCCUCUUAUGGUUGUUUGUCUACUCGUCAACGGUCGGACCGAUCUGCUAUACCAUCAUCUCCGAAACCUCGAGCCUGCGGCUUCGCGCGAAGUCCGUGUGUUUGUCAAGGAACAUUUACAACAUCACACAAAUCAUCGCCAACAUCAUCGAACCCUACCUCAUCAACCCAACCGAAGCCAACCUCAAGGGUGAGACGGCGUACUUCUGGUUCGCCACUGCGUUCUGUGCACUCGUCUGGGCGUUUUUCCGACUGCCUGAGUGCCGUGGAAGGACGUACGAAGAACUCGAUGUCAUGUUCCACCAGAAAGUGCCGGCGCGGAAGUUCGCGAAGUAUCAGGUUGAUGCUUAUGAUAACGAGUUGACGGGCAAGGAGUAG